AAGAAGAAUUAGGAUGAGGAUGAGGAUGAGGAUGAAGAAGAAGAAGAAGAAGAGGAAUAGGAUGAGGAUGAAAGAAGAAGAAGAAGAAGAAGAAGGAUGAGGAUGAAGAAGAGAAGAAGAAGAAGAAGAAGUAGGAUGAGGAUGAAGAAGAAGAAGAAGAAGUAGGAUGAGGAUGAAGAAGAAUUCCAGUACAGCAAAAAGUGUAUCUGCAGAGAGCUCCGCUAUUUCUGACAGUUCUCUGACAGUUCCUUCACAUUUACAGGGGUUGAAACAUUGUAUCUGUUUCCGAAUA